GCGACGGACCAAGAUGGCGGCGCCCAGCUCCCAAGCCGCGGCGCUUGUCCCCGAGACCGAGGAGGGCGAUUUGGGGGGCAAAGCCAAGUCCCCGGCCAUCACCCCCCAGAAGAUCCGGGAGCUGAUCGAUGAGGGCAUCGCCCCGGAGGAGGCUGGCCUGGAAGGAAAGGACACCUCUGCCUUCUCUGACGCUGCCAACGGGCCCUCCCAGACUGACGACCUGCCUUGUGAAACCACCAGCAGAGAAGCCUUCUUCAGCCGCGUGGAAACGUUCACCUCUCUCAAAUGGGCUGGCAAGCCCCACGAGCUCUCUCCCCUCAUCUGCGCCAGGUACGGAUGGACCAACAUCGAGUGCGACAUGUUGAAAUGCGCCAGCUGCCAGGCCUACCUCUGCGCCAGCCUGCAGCUGGCUUUCGACUUCCGCAAAUACAAGGAGAGGUGUUCAGAGCUGAAGAAAGCUUUGUCGACUGCACACGAGAAGUUCUGCUUCUGGCCAGACAGUCCCUGCCCAGAUCGCUUUGCCGUCUUGAGGGUCGACGAGCCCCUGGCUCUCCUCGGGGACUUCCUGGAGCGCUUUCAGAGCCUGUGCCAGUUGGAGCUUCAGCUGCCCGCCCUGAAACCGGAAGAUCUGAAAAACAUGUCUGUGUCCGAAGAGAAGAUCAGCCUCCUGCUGCACCUGAUUGAGGAGGAGCUGGACUGCAAAGCGGAGGAUGAGAAGCCUGCCACCAAGCGCCCGCCGGACCUCCUGCAAGUCCACGUCCCUGCCUGCGUCUUGGCUCUAUGCGGCUGGGCUAGCAGCCCUUCAUCCGGAUCCAUCCCCCUCCCUUUGAUCACCUGCUGCCGCUGCAUGAGGAAGGUGGGGCUUUGGGGUUUCCACCAGGUGGAAUCCGCUGCACCCGAGACGGAUCCGCCCACUGGCCUGAUGGCCACACACCCCAAUCCUACUGACGGCCGAUCAGACAAAGCACCUGCUGUCCCCACCUCUCCGCGUCGGAUGAUCACCCGAAGCCAAGACACAACCUUUCCUCCGGGCCAUGAACAGCGUGAGAAGAGCCCUUCGCCGGUGAUCAGCCGCAUGCGGAGCUGGGACAGCUCGAGCUCCGGCGAACGCCUCGAAGGAGAAGCGGCCAGCCCCACCACCCGGAGCCGGCCCGUGACCCGCAGCAUGGGGCAAGGUGACUUGAGCGGCCUGGGGAUGGAGGUGCCGUCCAGCCCCCAUCGGAAGGCCAAGAGGGCACGCCUGUGCUCUUCCAGCAGUUCGGAUUCAUGUGCCCGGAGCUUCUUCAGCCCUGUCUCCCAGCACCGGGACUGGUGUCCUUGGGUCAACCCGGCGAAGGAGAUGGAAGCCUCUGGGAAUAGCGAAGACCAAGGAGACGGGAUGCCCAGGAAGGUGGAUCUUGGCUGGCAAGCGGUCCUGAAGGUCCUUCUCUCUUCCAAGCAGACCGAUAGGCUGGCGGAGAUGGAAUCUGAGAGCCUCUCAGUGAAAUCCAGUAAGGUGUUCCGGAUCUUCCGGCAGUGGGAAGCGGCCUCUUCCUCCAGCCUUUGAUGGCGUCAAGGAAAUGCGCAUGCUGGGUGGGACUUCUGUUUGUUUCGUUCUUAAUAGAAAAGGCUAUGCUCGGCGUUGGAGCUUCGGCUGUCUGGGGAAGAACAAGCCUUGCAGACCAGGGCAAUUUUUGAGGGCCGUGCUGACAGUUGAAGAAGGAUCACGUGUAAUCCUCAAUCGUCAGCUGCCAUUUUUCUUCCUCCAUUGGUUUCCCACGAGGGUUUCCGGAAGUCUUUGCGGCUGGCAGCCAUCGCUCAGGCAGUUCUGCGCCUCGUGCGUGGGAGAAUUCCACGGGACGCUCUUGUCCAAGCCGCGCAUCGAUCCAUUUGUGCAGGAAGAAACGAAGACGGGCGGCUUCUUGUAUUGUGCGUCGGGGCAUUUCUGCACCAUCGAUUCCUCUUUCUGUCUCAGCCCGGUUGCAAGGGAUCCUGGGAAGACACUGAUCUCGACCUUGGGAAUAUCUGACAGAUUGUUCUCAGCACCUCCACUGAACUAUGGUUCCCAGAAUUCUGUGGGGGGGGGAUAGUCUUACGGGAUUUAAAAUCCCUUGGUCCUCUGAACGCAGCCCUCCUCUUAAGUUGACACAUCUGCUUUUCCGAUUAAGGGCUAAGCUGUACGAUGCUGAAAUUCUUGAGCUGGAGCUUGUAUAAUUUGGCCCUUUAAAAGUAGCUGGUGGGGAUGGGGGAAGGCACAAUAUACACCAGGGAUGUGACAGGGGAAAGAGGAGAAGGUAAACAGGAUGGAAGGUGAAGGUUACCCCCCUGAACCCAAGUGACAUUUUGAAGAUCCAAAGGACACAUCUGGUGUUCCAGUUGGCAAACUUCAACUGGCAUAGCUCAUGGUUUGGCCUAAACCGAGCUCCCCCCCCCCCUCUUACGCCACUUCUGUGUUAACUGCUCGUUGGAUAUUAACUGUCAAUAAAACAUUUCACUGCCUUUUUAUUUUUA